AUGAGUGUGGCCUCUGUGACACUUGCCAGUGCUCUGCAGGUCAGAGGUGAAGCCCUGUCUGAGGAGGAAAUCUGGUCCCUUUUGUCACUGGCUGCUGAGCGACUCCUGGAAGACCUCCGUAAUGAUUCCUCAGACUAUGUGGUCUGCCCCUGGUCACUCCUGCUUUCUGCAGCCGGAAGUCUUUCUUUCCAAGACAAUGUUUCUCACAUAGAGGCUGCACCAUUCAAGGCUCCCGAACUGCUACAGGGACCAGAUGAGGAGGAGCGGCCUGACGCAUCUCAAACGCACGUCUACUCCUUAGGGAUGACUCUCUACUGGUCAGCGGGGUUUCGUGUUCCACCAAAGCAGCCCCUGCAGCUUCAAGAGCCUAUGCACUCCCUCCUGCUGGCCAUGUGUGAAGACCAGCCACGGAGACGGCGGCCGCUGCAGGCGGUUCUGGAAGCCUGCCGGAUUCAUCAGGAAGAGGUGGCUGUGUACCCGGCCCCCGCCAGUCUCCAUAUCAGUCGGCUAGUGGGUUUGGUGCUGGGCACCAUCUCUGAGGUGGAGAAGAGAGUUGCAGAGGAAAACGCUUGUGAGCAGCGGAGCAGAAGCUGCUUUCUCAGGAGCAGGCUGCAUCAGGCGGACAGUGAGAGCCCUAGAUCUCGGCCCCCCGAUGUUCUGCAGCCUCGGAGAGUUUCAGAGAGAAGCACAGAGACACAGAGUUCCUUGGAGCGAUGCUGGAGCACCACAGCGCACAGCCGUAGCGGCUUUGUUAACAGCACAUUUGCAGGUGCAGGUCCCUGUGACUGUGAGGAAGGUCCACAGUGUGGCUCAGGGCCUAUGCUCUUGGCAGAAGCAGAAAGCUCACAGCCAGCAACGUCUUCUCCAAGGAAUUCUCUGCACAGAAAGGGAAAGUUUUCCAGACCGGAGUUCAUCCUGUUGGCUGCAGAGGCCCCUGUGACCCUACAUUUGCCUGGAUCCAUUGUGACCAAAAAAGGGAAAUCGUACUUGGCUCUCAGAGACCUCCGUGUGCUCUUGCUGAAUGGACAGUGUCUGGAGGUGAAGUGUGAUAUGGAGUCCACGGCAGGAGCCGUCUUCAAUGCCGUCAUGUCCUUCACCAACCUUGGGGAGACCACAUACUUUGGCUUGGCUUACGUGAAAGGUGAAGAGUUCUUUUUUCUGGAGCCCAACACCAGAUUGUGCAAAGUUGCCCCAGAAGGCUGGAGAGAGCAGCAGCCGAAAGGUUCCGUGGACACUUUAACACUCUUUCUGCGGAUAAAGUUUUUCGUCAGUCACUAUGGGCUGCUCCGGCACAGCCUGACGAGGCAUCAGUUUUACCUGCAGCUACGGAAAGACAUUUUAGAAGAGAGGCUGUAUUGCAAUGAUGAGACGCUGCUGCAACUGGGCGUCCUUGCCCUGCAGGCUGAGUUCGGCAGUUAUCCUAAGGAGCAGGUGGAGGGUGAAACAUACUUCCGAAUCCAAGAUUACAUCCCGGCAAGGCUUAUUGAGCGGAUGACAGCAAUCCGGGUCCAAGUAGAAGUCUCAGAAAUGCACCGACUCAGUCCUGCGCCACAGGGAGAGGAUGCUGAGCUGGAGUUCUUAGAGGUUGUCCAGCAACUCCCAGAAUAUGGAGUCCUGGUUCACCGCGUUUCCCCAGCAAAGAAGAGACAAGAAGGGGGAAUGGCCUUGGGGAUCUGCACCAAAGGCAUCAUCGUCUAUGAAGUGAAAGGCAGCCGCAGAAUCACAACGUCCCAGUUUCCAUGGAGAGAAACUGGGAUGAUCUCAACUCAUAGAAGGAAGCUCACUGUCACCAGCAGCACCACUGGGAAAAAGUACACCUUUGUCACGGAUUCAGCCAAGACCUGUAAAUACUUGCUGGGCCUUUGCUCUUCCCAGCAUUGGUUUAAUGCGCAUAUGGGCUCGGAGCAGCCUCCCCAUCUUUUAACUGGUCAGAAUAAGUUUGCACAAAUAGCCAGUUUGAAUUCUGCACACCAGACACAGGCCAACCCUCUCACUUGGAUUCAGAAACUGUCCUGCUCGGAAAAUGAAUUGUGCGUACCCAGGCUGCAGAAUGCCACAGGAGGCCAACUGGGCACAGCUAUGGAGAACAUGCAAGGUAGCAAGGAGCCCAAGAUGGAGAGAAUCAGAAGCAGGCCACACCAACAAAUGGCCAAGAAGUUCUUCCAGGAGCACCGAUCUUACCUUUCGAUCUUUUCCCUCAGCUCGUACACUGGUGGAGAGCAGCUGCACAGCAUCGGUUUGAACCAGAGGCCAACUCGUACUCUCUUUGGGACAGCUGGUCACAGCACGUGUGCAGGGUCACAGAAGAGCAAGAGGAAGGGCUUUAUGGACGAACCCAACGGCGACAUCAUGUGCGUGAUGCUGAAGCGAGAUCCACUUCUUGGCUUUGGUUUUGUCAUUUAUGAGGGAGAAGACGGAGAGCAAUCAAAGACUGGCAUUUUCAUAUCUUCCCUUAUACCUGGGGGACCAGCAGAGAGAGCUAAAAAGAUCAAACCAGGAGGGAAGAUACUAGCCUUGAAUCACAUCAGCAUGGAGGGCUUCACAUUCAACAUGGCUGUUAAAAUGAUCCAGAAUUCUCCUGACGACAUAGAACUAAUCAUUUCUCAGCCAAAAGGUGUUUGUGGGAACAUCCCCAGUGAAGAUAAGAACAGCACGGCAAGUUCUGGCACAUUCUGUACAGACAUCCUGAGCGACAGGUGCCGGGGGCGACAGUCAGCACACACACAGGACCAGGACAGAAAUGUCAGAGGACCAGAAAUGGUUCAGCAGGGCGCUGGUUCUUGUCCUCCAUCCCCUCUGGAUGCUGGUGAAAUCUACUUCGUGGAGCUGGUUAAAGAAGAUGGAACGCUUGGAUUCAGCGUCACUGGUGGCAUUAAUACAAGUGUACCUCAUGGAGGAAUCUAUGUGAAAUCUAUCAUUCCUGGAGGCCCAGCUGCCAAGGAAGGACAGAUCCUGCAGGGUGACCGACUACUGCAGGUGGAUGGAGUGAGUCUGUGUGGCCUUACUCACAAGCAGGCAGUGCAGUGUCUCAAGGGUCCUGGGCAGGUGGCACAGCUGGUCUUAGAGAGAAGAGGCCCCAGGGCUGCACCACAGUGUCCUUCUGCUGAUGACAGGAUGGGAGAGGUGCACAUGGCUGUUUCCCUGGUAACGGCCAAGCCUGGAAGACCUGCGAGCCGUGUCUCAGUGACAGACGGUCCUAAGUUCGAAGUCAAACUGAAGAAGAAUAGCAGUGGUUUGGGAUUCAGCUUCGUGCAGAUGGAGAGAGGAAACCACAUCCAUGUGAAGAGUGACCUUGUAAGGAUUAAGAGGCUCUUUCCUGGACAGCCAGCUGAAGAACACGGAGCCAUUGCAGCUGGUGACAUUAUCUUGGCAGUGAAUGGAAAGCCCAUCGAAGGCCUUGCUUUCCAGGAGGUGCUCCAUUUAUUGCGCGGGGCUCCAGAGGAAGUGACGUUGCUCCUCUGCCGACCCCCUCCAGGGAUACUGCCUGAGAUGGAGCAGGGGUGGCAGACCCCUGAACUAUCAGGAGACCAAAGACUGACCAUGGCAACCCGUGCUGAAUCAGAGCAGAGCCCCAGCCUAGAUCAAGAGGACAACUGGAGGGACAGCACCUCUCUGGAUGCAGGAGAAGGUCUGAGUCCCAGGCCAGAGUCUUCGUACAAGGCUGAGAGAGAGGUGAAGGGAGAUGGAGACAAACAGAGGCCCUGGGCCAGGUCCUUGAUGCAUCCGAUGGAGUCCCAUCCUCAUUUGUGCAAACUCCACCCAGAACCAGAGACACCAGCAUUGGCCACCUCGUUGGAAAAGGAUAUGAGACAAAACUGCUAUUCCGUGUGUGAUAUCAGGAGACUGGGAAGAUUUUCCUUCUCAUCCUCUCUGACCAGAUUAGCAACAGACAUUUUCUGAGCGUCU